UGUUGUGUACUCGCGGUAUCAUUUUUGUUUAAAAUACAAAAUUAUCUCAAUUUUAUGAAAAUAUAACGUUUAUAAAAUUCAAAUCAAGUAAAUUAUGGACUCGGAUGCUCCGAAAAUAUGUUCCUACUGUUCGGCAUUAAUUGAAAGUGAUGAUUUCCUCGACUGCACAGUAUGCAAUUCAAGUGUCCACAUUAAAUGUCUCAAACGUCCAGGCACUCCUGGAGAUAUUCUCGGUGAUGUUUUCUUUAUAUUCACGUGCACCAAUUGCUCCAUGCUGGAAGGAAAACUAGAGCAGUUUGUUAGGCAAAAACUUCCAUGGUUAAUGGUGAUAACAUUGGCAAUUUACAAUCUAUCGAUUAAGUCCAAUGGUCUCAGUCAUCAUGGACACUUUCAUUGGCGAACUCAUAUAGUGAGUUUUAUUGACAAACACUGGGAGCAUUUGUUUGAACCAAAUACCAAACGGCGGAAAAAAUGGAUUGGUUCUGUGUCAGGAGCUCUGUCUCAUAAUAGUCCUGAAUUCUUUCAAUCUGGUCAAGAAUUAUUCCAAGAAUCCGGUUGGUGGAAGCUGACAUACAACCAAACACCGAAGUUUUACAUGAAACUAUAUGAACAAUUCUCCCAGAAAAGACAACAACUGAGAAACGACAAACGCAGUGCCGAAGAAGUCAGUUACUCAAGUGAUCAUUCGAAUUCGGCAACUGACGAUGUUAAACGUCGUCGUGUCGAUUCCGAAGAUGAAGAACAUUGUAGUAGAACUUUACCUUAUAUGGGAAGAAAACCAAAAACUAAACCAAUAAUUCCAAUAAAAGUGGAAAAUGUGGAUCCAGAAGAGGAUGAGAGUAAACAUUUGAAUUCGGUGCAAUCCAGUUUAAUGGAUUUUCUAGCCGAGAAUCUAUCUUCAGAUGGGUUAAUUUUUAAUGAUAUUCAACAAGAUGAUCUAGCGAAAAACGAAUUGCUACCUUUGAUAGGAACUACAGACAAUUCGAACUUUUUUGAUCUCAGUCCAACAAAAAAUAAUGCUAGUUUUUCAGAAAAUUUUCACGAUCACGAUGAAAUUCCACAAGCUAGUCCUUCUAGAACACCUGAAAAGACCGACGAAAUUAUUUAUCAACCGAGAAUUCUUCAAGUCACAAACUACCAACAAAUGGAUGCAGCCGAUACAAAUUCUGAAGAUACUGCAAUCAAAGAAGAACCUGCAAGUGAAUCUGAUAACGAUUCUUAUGAUCAUGAAGAAGAUGAUGAUGGUCCAAUGGAAGUUUGUGCCAAGAGUUUGUUCACAAAACACCCAAAACGUGAAUAUCCUUGGUUGAAGGAAAAUCUAGACGAGGAAGAGAAUCUUGAAAAUGAAGAACUUUUCAUGCAAGGAAGAUUGGUUACGAUGAGUGAAUAUGAAGAAAAAGAAUUAUAUAAUAAGUUACGUAAUAUAUUGAGCUUGGAGCAGCAGUGUAAGCUCGAAGUUCCCACUUAUGUGAGACGGUUUUAUCGUAAAUUGGUUGUGCGAGAAUUUAAAAGAGCUUACUCGAAACCUUUGUUCAAUGUAGACGCUUAUAUACAAAGCAAACACGAGCUUGAUGCUGCAUCCAAGGCUCACAUUUUAGAUCGAUAUCAGAUUAUUUCAUCUUCGAAUCAAACACCAAUGACGUCUUUCCAUGCCAAAAUAGCGGGUUCUUUUCAUUAUGAAGUCUUUGAAUCGCCCUACACUUCACGGAUCCUCCAUCCGUUCAUCUAUCGUAAUACAAAAUGUUUCCCGCCAUGGAUGAAACUUAUGUGUGAGCUGGAACACAGUGUUACAGGGAAAAUUCCCAAACGAUCGACUGUGGACUUUUGCUAUGUCCGCCCCAAUCAUAUCGCUGCUGUUAAUGCUUUGUUGCAGUUUAACUUCUGGCCUGGAAUUGACAUGUCCGAAUGUCUAAGCUAUCCAGACUUUAGUGUGGUUGCGCUGUAUAAAAAACUUGUUGUUGGUUGUGCUUUCUUAGUGCCUGAUGUUGGCUUCAACGAAGCCUACAUAUCUUUUAUGGCUGUUCGUCCGGGUUGGCAGCGGAGUGGAAUUGCCAGUUUCAUGCUCUACCAUCUAAUUCAAACUUGCAUGAGUAAAGAUAUCACUUUACAUGUAUCGGCUACUAAUCCAGCUGUGUGCUUAUACCAAAAAUUCGGAUUCAAGAUUGAAGAAGUUAUUUUGGGCUUCUAUGAGAAAUAUCUACCAAUUGAUUCAAAGCAUAGCAGACAUGCAUUCUUUUUGCGCUUGAUGCGAUAAAUAGCUUUAAACUUGUAUUAUUUGACUGAAUUAAAACUUAUUUUUUAAUAUAAGAAAAAUUUACCUCUUG